GUUGCGUUUUUGUUUCUGUUGAGUUGUUUUGAGUCCUUAGCAUCUGUCUUGGUAGUGAGAUGGCUAGAGGUGCUAGAGGUCGUGGUAGGCCCCGUGGUAGAGGUCGUGGUCGUGUACCAGCGGUGGCUGAGAGUGUAGCGCAAAGUGCUACGGUUGAGCGGGUCGCAUAUUCGCAUGUGUAUCAGGAGGGGCGGGAGAGUGAGGCUGGUUUGAGUGCCGGUGUGGCAGGAAUUCCAGCGGGUACUGCGGGUAUUGCAGCGGGUGUUGCUCGGGCCCAAGAUGAUCGCAUAGCGAAUUUGUUGACUCUGCUGUUGGAGCGGUUACCAGAGAGGGUACCAGUUCAGGCUCCUGUUGUGCCACCAGUGGUCGAGGUGCAGCCUAGAGUUGAGGUUGCGGAGGAGCUUCCAUCCUACAUAAGGUUGAUGGAGCAAUUGCGGAGGAUUGGCACUGAAUUCUUCCGAGGAGGUGCCAACCCUGAGGAUGCUGAUGCGUGUAGGACUCGCAUGGAGCAGAACUUUCAAUCGAUUAGGUGUCCAGAGAGAUACCGAGUUGACUUGGCAGUUCAUUACCUGGAGGGUGAUGCACAUCUUUGGUGGAGGGGUGUUGCCGCCAUGAAGGAAGAAACUUGGGAACCAGAGACGCGGAUGAAAGCAAGAUUCAAGAAGUGGUUUGAGAAACAAGCAGAGGCUUGAGCUUUUCAUCGUUGGUUUCCAGUUUCGAAGCUUGAAUUGUAUGCUUGUUGUUCAUUUUGUAUUUCGUUUCGGGGUUGUAGACGAUUAAUACAUGAUGAUUUUCCAUGAGAUGAGUAUUUCUUAUGGAUUAUGACAUGAGAUGUCAUGUGUUCUUGAUUGACAAUGUGAUAAUGAAAAGAAGUUUAUGAG